UCGGAGGUGCUUACAGUCAGCUGGAGCUAACUAGAAACUGUCAAGUUAUCUAUUAACAAAAGUUUUAGCACUCUUUACACCAGUUUUUUUUUUAUGUAUCUUGGGUAAAAUGGAAAUUAUAUGUAUUUUAGUAUGUUGUUAGAAAUAGUUUGAACAAUACAGUACUGGGAAUCUAACAAGAAAUACAUGAAUCAUUUGCUGCUGAAGUUCAACUCUCAAGGGAUGCGCAGUGACACUGGUGAGAGGCUCUUCAUCCAAGGAAUUGGAUUUGUCCUCCCCUUUCCUGGAUCAGACUUGGUGCUUGAUAACCCCCAAAAUGUUGAGCAUUUCACCCUGAUUAAUGAGAACUGCCAUGCCUAUGUCUGGCCGUGAUGCUGUAGUCCUGUGUGUGUUGGUAUGCUGUGUGCCAGUGCAGUACUGGCUAACACAGCACUCAUCUCUUACCACAGAUCAGCGAGCAACUGAGUUGUACAGGCUGGUAAAACAAAUCCACAUUGUGGCACAAAAAUGGCUCACAACAGCUUCAUGGAGAAUGUGGCUUAUUGGUGUUCAACAAAAAUAUAUGGCUAAUGAUUAUAGCCAUUGGUACAACUUGGAUGAUGAUGAUCCUCUUGGUGAAUGCCCAGCUGUUGAAGUGUGGAAUUUUCGCAGUCCUGAUGGCUCUUUUGGCAUGUCUCCAAAACCUCGUAGCAUUCGUCCACAGGGGCUUAAGUGGCGCAUUGGUCAAGUUGUGAAGCACAGCCUCUUUGGAUACAAGGCUGUGAUCAUUGGCUGGGAUCCAAAGUCCAAGGCCCCAGAGGAAUGGAUACAAAAGAUACACCAAGAUAACAAAAACUGGCGAGAGCAGCCUAAUUAUGCAUUACUAGUGGAUACUGGAGACCGUGAGAUGGCACAAAUUACAUAUGUUCCCCAGGAGAAUAUAUCACCAAUUAUAAAUUAUGAGGUAAAACAUCCAGACAUAAACCAGUAUUUCGAUUACUUUGAUGGUGCUCAGUAUAUUCCCUGUCCAUGGUUGCGAGCUGUAUAUCCCAGAGAUUGAUGUUUGUAGUGUAAAUAAGCAAAAACAUAUUUCAUAAAUGUGAAAAUGAAAAUAGUCGUUGGUGCAUAGAGUAAAUCAGUUAAUGGCUGUGUCACCAUUUCAGGAACAAAUCCUUUUCAAUACAACCAGAUAAGUUGUAAGGUUUAAUAUGAUGAUGAAUAUGUAACAGCUAAAUAUUUUCUAGCACUAGAUAAGAUGGAAUAUAUUUUGAAAUGUAAUAUUCAUCACUUACUGUUGGGGAAAACAGUAUACAAGGACAAAGCUUUAUUUUGUAAUAAAGUCUUGCUAUGUUUUACAGAAGGGCAGCAUCUGCCCUUCUUCAUUGAAUUACCUUGCAAUACAUUUAGGCAGAAUCUAUGCUUGUAACUUAAUGGUAGUGUGUUCCACUCACAGUCGAAGGACCCAGAUUUAAUGGUUACGUAGUAAUGUAUUUGCAAGUUUUACACCUGCUGCCCCUGUUUACCUUACAGCAAAUAGGUACCUGGGAGUUAAUUGACUGUUAAUUGACUGUUAUGGACUUCAUCUGCCUUAUCAGGAUUUCAUACUGAUAGGACAGAGCUUUAAAAUGAGCUGAGGUAGGAUGACCAUUCUCAGUUUGUAAAUUUAGUGCUGUAAAAUAAUAUGUAUAUAUUGAAGGAAGAAACAGGCUUCAGUUAUAAACUUUUCUUUAUUACUGUCGUUUUUAUAUUUAAGUAAAACUUUUUAAUGCACCAUCCAUCUUCCACUGAGGAAGGAUGACCCAAAAAAGAAGGAACAUUUUCACCAUGACUCAUUCAGUCAUUGUCUUGCCAGAAGAUUGCUGACAUCACAGCUCAGGUGGCCCUCAGAGCUGCACCCUGAGGAGGGAUGGGAAUGUUGCAGUUGGGAGGGCCAUCCGAACUGUGAUGUCAGCAUGCUUCUGGCAAGGCAGUGAUUGAAUGAGUGAUGGUGAAAGCAUUUCUUCUUCUUCAGGCCACUUGACCUUAGUAGAAGAUGGCCAGUGCGUAAAAAUAAAGAACGCUUGAAGGUGUUUUGCUACACUGCCUUUCAAGUUUUCUCCAGUUAGAGAAACUUUAAACAUCAAUAAUGAAUUUAAUAGAAAAAGUUGUGCCUGCAAUUUGAUGAUCAUUUUCUGCAUUUUAGACAUUCCUUUUUAACUUCACUCAUUGUUAUUGCUGUGAUGCUAAUAAUCGAUUUUUUUAUUUAUUAAAUUAAAGAAACUUGAUUAAUUCUUGUUAAGUUGCAGAUUAGCGCAAUUGCAAAAAUGUAGGGUGGAACUAGCAUGGUGAUAUGUACAAGUUGUAAGUAAAAGAUACAUGUGCACUGAUCAAGACAUUUACUAAGGAAACGUUUUGCCAUGAGUUGCUUUUUAAUGCAGAGUAGCUAGAAUAAUGAGCAAAUAGAUGAUGAAUUGUGCAUAUUGAAGCAUUUUGAAGCAGCCUUGGUUGUAAUCUCCAGCACCAUACCACAGAAGCCAGGCAACUAGAGUAUUUCUAGAACUCUGGCCAAACAGUUGUUACCCAACAGUGACACCUGCCAUUAGAUGACACUACCUAGUUACACAUGGGAGCACUGCAGAAUGCCUACUGGCCCACCUAAGGCAGAUCCUACCCACUCUGCCUUUAAUAUGUUACCCCACUUUUAACCCAGGUUUGCCUUACCUUUAGUACUAUAUACACUGCUUAUUCUAGCUAUUCUGUAUUAAAACUGAAAUCACUCAUAGUGAAUUUUUUCCUUACAAACAAAUGAACUUAUUUCUAUAAAGUGGAGUACUGUAUAUUAUACAAUUAGGGUGAUUGACAUACAUAUCUAAUUUAUAGACAGCCCCUUGUUAUGCCUUGAUCAGUACCUGAUCAAGGCAAAUAUUUUCAUCCUCACAGUUGCGAGGAUGAAAAUAUGUAAGUGGUGCAGGUCUCCAACAUGCAUACAAGUUUCAUUUCUGGUUUUUGAAUUUGCAAAUGAGUUGUUUGUAUAGAAAUAUACAAAGGAUGGUUACGUUUCACGUGUUUGUAAGGAAUAUCAACAGUUUUAAAACAUUUAUUGGUUCCUCGAAGACCACUUUUUGUAUGUGUGGGUAUGUGUAACUUGGUGGCAUGUUUGCAGGUUUGAAACCUUUAUUUUUUGACUGAUUCAGUACCGACUGGGCCGGAUUGGUCCCAGCACUCCUUAUAAAAUUUGUUAUUUGCACACUAUUGCAAAAUUCUCAUUUUAUGAAGACAUUAUUUUUACAUUUUGGUAUUGUGUGCCUUUUUACUGUUACCAGUACAGUUUUUAAAGAAAAAGAUAAAGCCAUAAAGAGAACAUGAAAUUAAAUGUUGCAAGAGAAUAAGAAACCCACUUUAAUGUAAUGCUGAUUAGUUUACUGAGGGCUACAAAGAUGUAUCAUUUUUAACACUUAUUUCCUCUCUGCUUUUCCAAAAAAGUAUAAAACGAAAUCUCAGAAAUCAGUAAAUAUACACUUCCAAAUGAAAAUAUACAAUGUAAAAUGACAUUCACUAAAUGGAUGUUAAGAGGGACUCAACACACCAUUAACUAGUCUCGUUAGUAAAACACUACAAAUGAGUAUUGUAUUGGAUGUGUGGAAAAUGUCUAUGAUACCUGAUUUUGAAGCAGGAGACAGGUUCAUAGCUUCAGAUUACUGAUUACAGUAAUCAGCUUAAUUGUACUUGUAGGAAAAUUAAUAGAACCACAAAGUGUGGAUGAAAUUCAAAGCCACCUUGUAAGACAUUUCAUCAGUGAAUCUCCACACGGUUUUAUAAAGCCAUGUUCUUACCUGAUGAAUUUACUAAUAUUUUUAAUAA